GACGAAUUUCUCUUUGCAUAUGAUACAGUCACCGUCUCACUUCCAAAGCUGUAACAGCAAUCUGAUUCUCCGCCGGAUUGAAAUUGAUGGAGAGCCCAGACGCUACCAAAACCGCCAUUAGAAAGGGCAGAAAACCAAAGCAAGGAAAGGGUCUGCAGCUAGACGACAGCUGGACAGUCAAGGCCCUCGAUGUGGACAGAGAUCUUCCACAGCCACACCUCGAAAACCCAUUUCCAUCUCUCUCUUCUCCUUCUUCUCCUCAUGAAUUCACACCCAAUUCAAGAACAAUACCGAUCUCUCAGUUCAUCCAAAAAACCCCACAAACACCCCCGAAGCGUCGCAACUCUGGUGGUUUCUCUUCGGAUCAACCGACCCAAGUCGUCGAGUCUCCCAAAAUUGAUAAAUCCCAAGUGAUUUCUUCUUCUUGUGGCGAGGAAGUGAAAGAGGAGGAGAAAUUGAGUGAGGUGUACCUCUUGGAAUCCACAACGGGUUUGCAGACACAGCCGGCAGAAGCUUCGGAUUCGUGUAAGGAAACUGUUCAUGUUGUUGGUAGAUUGGAAGAGCUUAAGUUGGGCGUUGAAGAACCUGAAUUGUCGGAAGAACAACGGAGAAUCAAUGACCAGUUGCAGGAGGAUGAGUUACUGGCAUUGGGUGCUAUUUAUGGGGACAACAUUUUUAUACUUGACAGAAAAGGAGGUCAACGAUCUUUUCAGAUCUACAUACAUAUUGAAGUUCCUGACGAUUUUACGAUAUCAGCAAAGCUCCAUUCAUCCAGUGGAAAGUUCAAAUCUGGAGAAAAUUCCAGAUACCCCAUGACAGGAAGCAAUGAUUCAGACGAGUUUGUGUACACUUUCAAAGUUCAGUAUCUGCCCCCAAUUUUGUUCACUUGCUUACUACCUCAGUCAUAUCCGAGCCAUUUGCCUCCUCAUUUCACUAUCUGCAUUCAGUGGUUGGAUUCCUUGAGGAUUUCCAAUCUUUGCCGCAUGCUGGACUCUAUUUGGAUGGAACAGCCAGGCCAGGAGGUUUUAUAUCAGUGGGUAGAUUGGCUUCACAGUUCUUCUCUUCCGUACCUUGGAGUUGAUAAAGAAAUGAUGCUAGGUCCAUAUGGUAUUCCAGAUACUGGAGAUAGGCGUGCAGUAACGGGAAGUAUCUCUCCAGAUUUGGAUAUUCCCUUGAUCAUGAGUUACAAUGAUGAGAAAUGCCUCGAAGUGUUCCGUAAAAAUCUACAUGAAUGCAAUAUCUGUUUUGGCGAGUAUGCUGGCACAGAGUUCAUUAGAUUGCCAUGCCAGCAUUUCUUUUGCCGGACAUGCAUGGAGACUUACACAAACAUGCAUGUAAAGGAAGGUUCAGUAAACAAGUUGCUAUGCCCCGGUGCAAAAUGUGAAGGUCUUGUUCCCCCAGGGUUAUUGAAGCUACUGCUUGGAGAUGAAGCAUUUGAACGUUGGGAGUCCUUGUUAUUACAGAGAACACUGGAUUCGAUGUCUGAUGUGGUCUAUUGCCCCAGGUGUGAAACGGCCUGCUUAGAAGAUGAAGACCACCAUGCUCAAUGCGCAAAGUGCUACUUCAGCUUUUGUAGCCUUUGCAGAGAACGCCGUCAUGUAGGAGUAAUGUGCAUGUCACCAGAGGCAAAGCUUCGUAUUUUGCAGGAGCGCCAGAACUCAUCUCAGCUUCAGGGUGACCAAAGACGCAGAGAGCGUGAAAUCAUUAAUGAGAUGUUAAGCGUCAAGGAAAUACUCCGUGAUGCAAAGCAAUGCCCAUCUUGCAAGAUGGCAAUCUCCCGAGUCGAGGGUUGCAACAAGAUGGAAUGCCAGAACUGUGGGCAGUUUUUCUGUUACAAGUGUAACCAGGCAAUUAGUGGAUAUGAUCACUACAGGGAAGGCGUGUGCAACCUUUUCCCACGUGAAGAGAUUCAAAACUGGGAGCGUGAAAUGAAUGAUCGCCAGGCGGUGGGUCAAAUGCGAGCUGAACUGUAUCCUAAUCUUGGCCACCCAUGCCCUAAUUGUGGUCAGGUGAAUGCAAAGGUCGAGAAUAACAAUCACAUCUUCUGCUGGUCUUGCCAAAACCACUAUUGUGCUUUGUGUCGGAAGACUGUCCGCCGUGCUUCUCAGCAUUAUGGACCCAAAGGUUGUAGACAACAUACUGUGGAGUGAUGGAUCCUUUCCUCUCUCUCUCUCUCUCUCUCUCUCUCUCUCUCUCUCUCUCUCUCUCCAUGUACAUUUGGGCAUAACGGUGUAAAUGCGAGUGAAAGCGGAUCAUAGCCAAACUCAUUUGGGUUUUGAACUGAUUCUAACCCCAGAUGGCUGCACCAGCAAGCUAAGAGGUGGAUAGACAUUGCAAGAGGAGACAUUAAAUCUACAUUUCUGCUACACUGUUUUACGCAUAUGUUUCCAAGAUUUCUAAUUCAACAGUCCAAAGUUUUACAUGUAUGAAUUUCCAAGAUUUCUCAUUCAACAGGCCAAAAUUUUCA